AUGCGAGGCGAAAUCUGCCACCUUCAUAUCGGCCAGGCUGGUGUCCAGCUUGGUAACGCUGCAUGGGAACUGUACCUCCUUGAACACGGUUUGACUCCCGAGGGACGCUACAACGCCGAACUCGCCGAUGAGAUUGGCCAGAAUGGCUCCUACGAUACCUUCUUUACUGAAACCUCCGACGGCAAAUACGUUCCCCGCUCCGUCAUCGUCGAUCUCGACCCGUCGCCCAUUGAUGAGAUUCGCACUGGUACCUACCGCCAGCUCUUCCACCCUGAGCAGCUGAUCAGCGGCAAGGAGGAUGCUGCUAAUAACUAUGCUCGUGGCCACUACACUGUUGGAAAAGAGCUUGCGGACGAUGUGCUUGAUCGCAUUCGCCGUCUUAUUGACAAUUGCUCCUGCCUGCAGGGGUUUUUGAUCUUCCACUCUUUCGGUGGUGGUACAGGUUCUGGUUUCGGUGCCCUUCUCUUGGAGCGUCUUGCUGCUGAGUAUGGCAAGAAGUCCAAGCUAGAAUUCUCGGUUUAUCCAUCGCCCCGUGUGUCCAACGCCGUCGUCGAGCCUUACAACGCUGUUCUCUCCACCCAUAGCACUAUCGAGAACUCUGAUUGCACUUUCCUCGUCGACAACGAAGCUGUCUACGAUAUCUGCCGCCGUAACUUGGAUAUUCCUCGUCCGGGCUAUGAACACCUAAACGCCCUUAUUGCUCAGGUUGUUAGUUCGAUCACUUCUAGUCUGCGUUUCGAUGGAGCUCUUAAUGUCGACUUGAACGAAUUCCAGACCAACCUGGUGCCUUAUCCUCGUAUCCACUACCCUCUGAUUUCGUACGCCCCGGUUAUCUCUUCCAAUCGUAGCUCUCAUGAGAGCUUCAAGGUCCAGGAUUUGACCUUCCAGUGUGUGGAACCCAAUAAUCAGAUGGUGGUCUGCGACCCCCGCAAGGGCAAGUAUAUGGCCGUUGCGCUGCUGUACCGCGGUGAUGUCGUGCCUCGUGACGCCAACGCAGCUGUUGCUGCUUUAAAAGCCAUGCCUUCUUUCAACCUCGUCGAGUGGUGCCCUACUGGCUUUAAGCUGGGUAUCAACUACCAAAAGCCUUUCCGUGUUCCCGACAGUGAGCUGGCCCCUGUCGACCGCUCCGCCAGCAUGCUUUCCAACACCACCGCUAUUGCGGAGGCUUGGAGCCGCCUGGACCACAAGUUCGACCUCAUGUACUCUAAGCGUGCUUUCGUCCACUGGUAUGUUGGCGAAGGUAUGGAGGAGGGUGAGUUCUCUGAAGCCCGCGAGGAUCUGGCUGCCCUAGAGAAGGACUACGAGGAGGUUGCUGGUGACACUAUUGAUGAUGAGGAGGCACCUGAGUACUAG